AUGGCAUCCCACCCGAAGUCAUCAAGGUGGGAAAGAAGACUGCUCUCCUUCACCAUCUGCACCAGCUGCUGCAGCAGUGCUGGGAAGAAGGAACUGUGCCCCAAGAGAUGCGCGACACCAACAUCAUCACUAUACAAGAACAAGGGCGACUGCAGUGACUGUAACAACUACUGUGGAAUAUCCCUCCUCAGCAUUGUUGGGAAGGCCUUCGUCCGUGAAGUCCUCAACAGACUGCAAUUGCUCGCAGAGCGUACUCAUACGAGAGAUGCUCUUCGUGAUGAUGCAGCACUGACGGCACACUCUGAAGAUGCAUUGCAGCGACUCAUCAACUGCUUCGCGCAUGCAUGCAGAGAGUUUGGCUUGACCAUCAGCCUAAAGAAGACUAACAUCCUGGGCCAAGAUGUGAGCAGUAACCCAAGCAUCACCAUUGGUGAUUACAUCCUCGAGGUCGUCGAGGACUUUACGUACCUAGGCUCCACCAUCUCCAGUAGCUUCUCCCUGGACGCCAAACUCAACAAGCGCAUCGGCAAGGCGGCAACUGCCACGGCUCGCCUGGCAAAGAAGGUCUGGGACAACAAGAAGCUGACCACCAACACCAAAAUGAAGGUGUACCAGCGAGCCUUGGACCCUCUACUCCCGCCAAGAGUGCAGGCUCAGCACCCUCCAUCUGCCCCAAAUUCAGGAGGAUCCGGGGAAAUCACCUGGAAGGACCGCGUCCCAAACAAGAACGUCCUUGAUCAAGCAGGCAUCCCGAGCAUGUUCGUCCAGCUCACCCAGCGUAGGCUCGGGUGGCUUGGCCAUGUCAGGAGAAGGGGACGAUGGGAGGAUCCCCAAAGACAUUCCGUUUGGCGAGGCUCCCCAAAUUUGGCUCCAGACCUACAGGAUGACCUGUCCUACGCUUCAAGGAUGUCUGUAAGCGGACAUGAGGGCAGGUGA